AUGGAACCUACCACUGAGAACAUUAGAAUAGAACCUACAACAUUGGAUUCUACCACUGAGACCACUACAAUGGAACCUACCACUGAGCUAACAACAAUGGAACUUACCAUUAAGACAACAACUUUGGGUCCUGCCACAGGGAUAACAACAAUGGAACCUUCCAUUGAGAUGUCCACAGCAAUAGAACCAUCCACAGGGAUACAAACAAUUGAGCCUGCAACUGAGAUAACAACAAUGGAACCUACCACUGAGAUCACUGCAAUGGAACCUAUUAUUGAGAUAACAACAAUGGGGCCUGCAACAGGGAUAACAACAAUGGAAUCAACCACUGAUAUACCAACAGUUGAACCAACCAAAGGGAUAACAAGUUUAGAGACUGCAACUGACAUAACAACAUUGGAACCUAAGAUCACUUCAAUGAAACCUAUCACUAAGAUAACAACAAUGGAACCGUCAUCUGAGACCAUUACAGUGGAACCUACCAUCGAGAUAACAACAAUGGAACCGACCACUGAGAUCACUACA